AUGAGAAAUGGAUUACUCUUUGCUAAUCAGCGCAAUAAAACCCAGGAUGGUAAAAGCGCGAUGACGCCCGGGCUAAAGAUGGAGUCGAAGAGCACGCAGAUACACUUACCGCUGAUGGGGCGCGGCAGCCGCGGCGAUCUCAGCGAUAAGGUCACCUUCUCACAAGUUAAGUCACCUGAACAGCUCAAUAAUGGACAGCUUUUGGGGGGCUCGCAGAUGAACCUAUGCAAUGGCGGUGUGGGCACAGCCGCGAUGACCGGUCUCGUCCCCAAGAUCCACAACGACUGCGGCGACCAGAAGAAACCGAUGGCGUCCCUUACACAUCUCCCCAAACGUCCACCAGUCGACAUUGAGUUCUCUGAUCUCUCCUACUCCGUCAGCGAAGGCAGAAAGCGAGGGUAUAAAGCGUUGCUUAAGUGCAUCAAUGGGACAUUUCGCUCCGGUGAACUGACCGCAAUUAUGGGACCUUCAGGAGCUGGGAAGAGCACCCUUAUGAAUAUUUUAGCGGGAUACAAGUAA